AUGAAGCCUCUCAGGCCGUUUCCCUUCCCGCUCAACAUCGGAACGGAUAUAUGCCGGAUAUCUCGCAUCUAUGGCAUCCUGAGGAGCCCUCGGGGCAUGCGAUUUGUGAACCGCAUCUUUUCUCCAGAAGAACAGGCGAGAAAGGAUCCCAGGCUGCGAUGUCUCGAGAAUCGCCCAAUCGAUAGGCCUGUUUCGAGAAAAGAAAGCACACACUUUCGGCCGAGUAUUGGGACAACGCCGAGCAGUGAAGUAAUUGCUCAUCAGGAUCCUGAGAGAUGGGCGGCUGCUACGUUUGUUGCGGGCAGAUUCGCUGCCAAAGAAGCCGCCAUCAAGGCUCACUCCCACCGUCGCCUCACAUUUCACGACGUCGUCAUUGAGCGCCGUGGCAGAAACGAGGAGCGUCUAGGGAGCGGACCGCCUGUGGCACGAAUCAAGGGCGAUGAGGGUGAAGAUGAGGAUGCGAGUGCCAUGAUUUCGAUUAGCCAUGAUGGCGACUAUGCGACGGCAGUCUGUAUGGCGUAUGAUCCGAGCGUUGUGAGUGUGAGUGGUGAACCAGACGAGGGAAUAGCGCGAUGA